UGACAACAAAAUUUAGCAUGCGACUGUGCGACUGCAGUCUGUUCGCCGCUUGUUUGCCUUAGUACAGGUAGUAGCGUGUUCCAGACUUGUUUGAUAAUCAUUCAAGAAUAUAACAUUUUUUUUUGUUAAAGGAGUUUCUAAAAUUAUAGAAAGAUUUGCUAAAUUUAAUAUUUAGAUGCAACUACAUUUACUGGCAGGAAAUCUGAGCUUCAAGUGUAAUAUGCACACAUAGGAAACAUGCAAAAUGUAUGCUUAACUUUCAAUGUUGUUAAUCACAUCGGCUUUGAAUUGGAUUGCAUGUAGAAGAAGUAUCACAGCUUUACAGCAUCUACAUUGCCGUUGUUGCUUCAUUAGACCAGCAGCGUAUACAGAUCACCACAUAACGAAACACGUGCAACAUGGUAAUCUUUUAAACGGAACGUAUACAUCGCAUAACCAAUUCAUCCUACCAGUAGUGAAAAAAACUGGCUCUUUCGAUUACUUGAUUUCUGAUAUUAGCAGCCGAAUAAACAGCAUUGAAAUGGCGAGUACAAGGUACUCUGUCGACUAUGCCAAGCUCGGGACGUCAAAGUGCAAGAGGUGUAAGCAGGGCAUCGAGAAGAAGAGCCCACGAAUUGCAAAGCUCGUCCCGAACCCCUUUAGCGAUGAUGGUUCUGAUAUGAAGCAGUAUCAUCAUAUUAAUUGCAUUUUUGAGUCGUUUCUAAAAGCACGUGCAAAUACAAAAAAGAUAGAAUCAACGUCAGAUCUAGAAGGGUUUCUGGAUUUGGAGGAUCAAGAAAAGGAUAUAAUCAAGCAGCAUAUUAAAGAAUUGUGUGUGAAACUUAGUGCAAAAUCGCCUGGUAAGAAAAAGGUUGUUCAAUCGAAGUUGACAUCUGAUAUGAAAGUAGUUUCACCGACUAAGAACCCAGUCGUCAAGGGCACAGGUGGAGGUGGUCCAUCAUCAUCUGUUGGUGCUCCUCCUUCAUCACCAAGUGGUUCUGGUUCCGGAUCAUCUAAUCUCUACGGCUCCGGAGGUAAGAACCACCCAGAUAACUCAUUUCGAGAAUACCGCAAGUUGUGUGCCAAAAUUGCUGAUGAGUCAAGUUAUCUCGGAAAAACUAAACUUGUCUCCAAUUAUCUGAAGAAUGGUUCAACUGGAGAUGGCUUUCAGGGCAAUACGUAUAUUCUGUUGAAGCUGCUGUUGCCAGGCGUGGUCAAGCGGGUGUACCAUAUCAACAGUAAACAGAUAGCUAAGCUCUUUAGUCAGAUUUUAGGAACAAAUCUUGAAGAAAUGGUGGAAGAUCUCGACCUGGGCGAUCCAUCAGAGACAGUUCGCAAAUUUUUCGUGCAGAGCCCAUGUGUCACUCCAGCAACCAAGAGUCUACUGACGUUGCAAGAUGUUGAUGAAACACUUGAUGAAAUGUCAAAACUGACUCGUGAGUUGGAUCAGCAGAGGGAGCUCACAAAAAUGACAAACCGCUGUACUGCCAACGAUCUCAAAAUGUUCAUACGCUUAGUCAUGCAUGACAUUCGCAUUAACGCUGGAGCAAAGCACAUCCUUGAUGGCCUGGCCCCAAAUGCCCAUGAGGCAUUCAAGGCAUCACGUAAUUUGAAGGAUCUCGUGGAAAGGGUUCAACAGAAUAAAAAAGCAUCCAAUGGAGUACCUGGAAUGACCAAGAAACUGACCAUCCAAGCUAGUCUUAUGACGCCAGUCUUACCCAUGCUGGCCGAGGCAUGCCGCUCUGUUGAGCAAGCAUUUCGAAAAUGCCCAAAUGGAAUCUACGCAGAAAUUAAAUACGACGGCGAGCGGGUUCAGGUACACAAAAGUGGCGACACAUUUCAAUACUUUAGUCGGAGUCUCAAACAGGUACUCCCUCACAAGGUGGCGCAUAUCAAAGACUACCUUCCACUUGCUUGUCCUCACGGAGAUAGCAUUAUCUUAGACAGUGAGAUUCUUCUUGUUGAUAACCAUGGCAACAUCCUUCCUUUCGGGACUCUUGGAGUUCACAAGAAAAGUGCUUUCGCAGAUGCCACAGUCUGUUUGUUCAUCUUUGACUGCCUUUACUUCAACGGCCAAAGUCUCAUGGAUAAACCUUUACAGGAAAGAAGAAAGAUUCUAGAGAAGAAUCUCACACCGAUUCGCGGAAGGAUUAUGUUCUCAGAGAUGCAUGAACUGACGAAACAUGAACAACUUGCAGGACUGUUAACUGAAGUGUUCCAAGAAGGAUUAGAAGGACUUGUGUUAAAGGAUUCGCAGAGUAAGUACGAGCCAGGGAUGCGGCAUUGGUUAAAGGUUAAGAAAGAUUACCUCAAUGAGGGUGCUAUGGCAGAUUCUGCUGAUCUCAUUCUCCUCGGUGGCUAUUAUGGAACAGGAAAUAAAGGUGGAAUUAUGUCCGUUUUCUUGCUCGGUGUCUAUGACCAGCAUGCGGAUCGGUUCCUCACUGUCACCAAAUGUGGCGGAAUUGACGACAAGAUGUUAGAGAAACUAAACGCAGAAUUGCCAAUGAAGAAAAUCAGUAAAGAUAUGUCGAAAGUCCCUUCGUGGUUACGAGUUCACAAAAAUCUCGUCCCAGAUUUUGUAAUCAAGGAUCCAAAGGCCUCCCCUGUGUGGGAAAUCAUUGGAGCUGAGUUCUCGCAGUCAGAAACACAUACAGGAGGGGGAAUCUCAAUUCGUUUUCCGCGUGUCGCCCGGAUGAGGGAUGAUAAGGACUGGCGGUCAGCCACUAGUCUCGCUCAACUACGGGAAUUGUAUAAAACAUCCAAAGACACUUCUGACAUCCCAAGCCUGGUGAAAGGUAAGAAAGACGAGGGAGGGAGGUUAAAGUCAAGGAUGAAGCGUGGGAAAGACAACUCAGAUGAGGGGGCAAGCAGCUCCGGUCGAUCCACUCCCAUUUCAAAACCUACAGCCCAGGGUGGGGAAAAUAAUGAGAAAACUCCAAAGAAGGGAACUCCAGUGAAACAGGAAAAAGCAACUCCAAAGAAGAUGGAUAUAACACCAAAAAAGACUCCAAAAAAACGUCACUUGGACGAAGAGCCAGCAAAUACACCCAGUCCGAAAAAGGGCAAACUAAUGUGCCAAUAUGGUGCAGCUUGUUAUCAAACAAAUCCAAGCCACAGGUCAAAGUUCAGCCACCCAAGUCCAAAUGGACACAGCUCACCAAUACUGAAGGGCCUUCUUGACAUCUUCAGUGGGGUCAAAGUUUGCAUUGACCGAUCACAUCCAAAUAUUAAGUCCUUACGACGUUACAUCAUUGCAUACAAUGGUGAUGUCAUGGAUGAUUUCAACAAAGCUAAUGCAACUCAUCACAUUAAAGAAAGUGCCAAACAGAAUGAUUCUUCUUUGAAGUGUGUCUCAGAAAAAUGGAUUUGGGAAUGUAUCCGGCAACGAAAGCUGGUUGAUGAGGAUGCUUUUCUACCUUCAGAGUAGCUGCUUCUUCAAUUGCAAUAACAAAUAUUGGAACUUUCCAUUAAGCACACCCACCCCCCUUUUUGGAUAUUGUUGGUAUGGUCCCACAAGACAACAAUGUAAAAACAUAUUCAAGCGCAUAUGCAUUUGUGGGCCGGCACACGAGUUUGUAGGAUGCGCAUUUUCCUAGACCUGUUCUGAUUGGUCAGUUUUUGUGGUGAGGAAUUAGUUGAGUUGAAUGCUAAUAGCAGAUGGACAUAAACGGAGGCCAAGAAAAUGAUUUUAUUUCGGUGUUCAGGCUAAAGAUAUACUGCCUGCCAAAAAAAUGUAAAAAUUCAAAUUCAACUUUUGAAUAAUUCACUUAAAAAGAUGGUGAUGGUUGGGGACUUAUAUAGCGCAGUACGUUAUCUCUAUGUGCUGUAGAGAAAACAAAUACAACAAAAUGUAUUCUAGUAGGUCAACUAAGCUAACCAUGCUGAAAUAGAAAUCUGAAACAGAAUAAAGGUACACCGAAUCCGAAUUCGGUUCGUAUGGCUAAGAAAAGAAAGAAAGAAAAUCGAAUCAGUGGUGAAGAAUAGAGGCGUGUACUAAGACGUGCAUCGAAAACGUUCUAAGAACCGGAUUCGGUGUGAAUCUACCUUAACGCAGAGGAACGAACACUAUCACACCUUUUACCAGGUACAUGACUCACAAGCGCUUGAAUAGUGUUGGCAACUGGCCUAGCCUUUCCUAGCAACAAAAGUAAAAAAUUAACAGUCAACAAAUUAAAAAGAAAGAAAAAGGUGUGAUCAAAUAACUUAUUAACGUAUGAUGAAAAACAGAUCGUAAAAAAGAUGUAUUUGUCGCUGAUUUGCAUACAUUUUACCAAAAAAUUCCUUAAAUUGGUUACCAGCCAAUUUAAGGGCCUAUGUAAAAGAAUACAGGAAAUGUAAUUAACAUGGACAAUAUUUUAUCAUUCAUAUUUUUAAUUGUUAAUAAC